AAAAGCUGCUGCCGAGCCCUAAGCACGGGAAGCGCCGAGCUGUGUGUCCACCGCCAGACCAGAGUUCUUUUGGUUGGACAGAUCUGUGAGUCUUCCCAGGAGAGCACCCUUGGGCUCUGCUCGCCCCUGCUCCUUCAGGGAUGGAGGCAAUGGCAGCCAGCACCUCCCUGCCUGACCCUGGUGACUUUGACCGGAAUGUGCCUCGGAUCUGUGGAGUGUGUGGAGACCGAGCCACGGGCUUCCACUUCAACGCUAUGACCUGUGAAGGCUGCAAGGGUUUCUUCAGGCGGAGCAUGAAGCGCAAGGCCCUGUUCACCUGCCCCUUCAAUGGAGAUUGCCGCAUCACCAAGGACAACCGGCGACACUGCCAGGCCUGCCGGCUCAAACGCUGCGUGGACAUUGGCAUGAUGAAGGAGUUCAUCCUCACAGAUGAGGAGGUGCAGCGUAAGCGAGAGAUGAUCAUGAAGAGGAAGGAGGAAGAGGCCUUGAAGGACAGUCUGAGGCCCAAGCUGUCUGAGGAGCAACAGCACAUUAUCGCCAUCCUGCUCGAUGCCCACCACAAGACCUACGACCCCACCUAUGCCGACUUCCGGGACUUCCGGCCUCCAAUUCGUGCAGACGUAAGUACAGGGAGCUAUUCUCCAAGGCCCACACUCAGCUUCUCCGGAGACUCCUCCUCAAACUCUGAUCUGUACACCCCCUCACUGGACAUGAUGGAACCGGCCAGCUUUUCCACGAUGGAUCUGAAUGAAGAAGGCUCCGAUGACCCCUCUGUGACCCUGGACCUGUCUCCGCUCUCCAUGCUGCCCCACCUGGCUGAUCUUGUCAGUUACAGCAUCCAAAAGGUCAUCGGCUUUGCCAAGAUGAUCCCUGGCUUCAGGGACCUCACCUCUGAUGACCAGAUUGUCCUGCUUAAGUCAAGUGCCAUUGAGGUGAUCAUGUUGCGCUCCAACCAGUCUUUUACCUUGGAUGACAUGUCCUGGGACUGUGGCAGCCAAGACUACAAAUAUGACAUCACUGAUGUCUCCAGAGCUGGGCACACCCUGGAGCUGAUCGAACCCCUCAUAAAGUUCCAGGUGGGGCUGAAGAAGCUGAACCUCCAUGAGGAAGAACAUGUGCUGCUCAUGGCCAUCUGCAUUGUCUCCCCAGACCGACCUGGGGUACAGGAUGCUAAGCUGGUUGAAGCCAUUCAGGACCGCCUAUCCAACACACUGCAGACCUACAUCCGCUGCCGCCACCCGCCCCCGGGCAGCCACCAGCUCUACGCCAAGAUGAUCCAGAAGCUGGCUGACCUGCGAAGCCUCAAUGAGGAGCACUCCAAACAGUACCGUUCCCUCUCCUUCCAGCCGGAGAACAGCAUGAAGCUCACACCCCUUGUGCUAGAGGUGUUCGGCAAUGAGAUCUCCUGACCAGGGUGGCCUGCAGUGGUGCCUGGGUAGGGCCGCUCCUCUGGGGCCCUGUGCCCAGGCCCUGGGCUGGUUGCAGCCCAGCAGUGCCUCCUGCCCCUCCUGGAGUUCAGCUCCUCCUCUGCCGUGGCCCGUGUCUGUCUGGCUCAUCCUUUCUCCUGCCCAGCCUCACACCUGAUCUCCCUUUCCUGUAGACUGCAGGUUGCUCCUGUCCCUUGAGAUCUCAGUUAGGAGACACUGCUGUUUAUUUGACAAAGAAACUCAAGUGUGGGAUGGGGGGAAGAGGGUAGAGGGCAGAGGCUGAAGGCAGAGAGCUCUGCCUAGGGAAUGCCUCCGCCAUAAGGGGCCACUGCUUGUGUCAAGGGAGGCAGGCAGAAGAGAUGAGUCCAUUCCUCAGGGACAGGUACCUGUACCUACCCCGAUUCCAAACCUACCUGCCUGGUGAGAACUCCUGCCCCUGCCUACAAAGGGUACACAACCUACCCAUCAUCCCUAGUGUGUCCCGUCUCCUCCUGCCACCUGUCUGUAUUAUUCUGACCCAGGGGAGUCAGUCACUGUGGGGCCUCCUUCCUCUGCUGGUAUACUCAUGGACUCAUUCACUGCCAAGAUGACCAAAUACUCUACCACACUAACCAAGGAGCCCUCCCUAGCCCUGCAGUUCCCACCUUUGAGGUUUUGUUAUGGUAAGUCCCCAAGUCCAGUACCUCUGGUAAAGUGGACUUCUUCCCCCAUCCCUAGAACCAGGGACCUAGAAACCACCAUUGGAAAGUCCCCAGGGAAUGGAAUACAGAGCCCAAGCAAUGAGGAGCAGGCAAAGCCAGCCUCCCAGCAGGACAACAAAUGGAGGUCCAUCUAUCUUUGUCACCAAGCUGAGGUGUCUGAAGCCUGGAGCUACUGGGACCCCUCCUCUCCUCUAUAGCUAUUAGAUGUGUCAGGACCAAGUUGACCCCAACUUUCAGAACGUCCCUAGCCCUGUCUUCAUCCCUUCCCCUGCCAGUGCCUUACCACCUACCCAGGAAAGCAGGUCCUUGAGCCACCCAGGCCUUACAAUUUGAUCACCAAGAGUAUCCCAGAAGUUAUCUCAGCUUCUCCAUCACCCCCACUUGGAGCAACAGUGUCACAUCUCCACCCCACUUACCAAUAAAAGCUACCCUUUCCACCCAGUGGAAUGGGAUGGCAGAAAACCAACAGUGGCCCAGAUGGACCUCCAAGUCUGCUUUUCAGGUGUAAAGCCAGACAUGAGCUCUCCCACCUCAGGGAAAAGGUAGAGGGGGCAGGUUAGAACUUGUGGUACAGUGAUAUUGGUCCAGUUCCUCCUGACUCUUCACUCUACCACCCAAAAGUCAAUGUAGACCUACGAAACGGUCAGGUGAUGGGCUAGGGACGUAUCUUCAAACUCCAUUUCUUCCUCUGUAGUAGCCCAGUCCAGGACUUUGGAACCCUGGUCUCAUUCACCCCAAAUAUACUUCUUGCUGAUCAUGCGUUGUGGGGGUGUGGGGGGACCCAUGCAGAGGAGGUUCUCUUCAUAAGGGGGACUCACAGAAGGACCUUCCAGUGAAUGUUUGACCUAGGGAAUGCAGCCACACUGGAAGCACCAAUAGAGGGCUAAGGUCAGACGGAGCAUGGCCCCACGAGCCCCAGAUUCCCUGAAAAUCCUGAGAUCAAUCACAUUUAACAUCAGAAGAACCCUUAGUGUCCACCUGGCCCUAUGUUUCCCAGAAUUCAAGCGGAAAACAUCUGAGAAUGGCUUUCCCAUAUUGCAUUACGGCAUGCAGAAGGCUUUAUUUUAAAGUCAUUCCAUCAGAGGUGUUCUCAGAAUUAGACCCCACCUGUACUGUGUUCUAACACUGAGGGUGGUGGCACCUGAUUCAGAGCAGUGUGUGUGUGUGUGAAAAUACUGUAUAUUAAUGAUUAUUGUUACUGCACACACACACACAUACAAAAAAAAAAAAAAAACCCUAGAGAAAGACCUUUGAUUUUAGCAGCAGAACACAUUGAUCUGGCUUACUACUCAACAGGAGGGAAAGUCUGAAAGUUGAUAAGCUAGUUCGACUCCUUUAUAAUGAGAACCUGACAUCAGAGGAGAGUGUGAUUUACCUGGGCUCAUAUAAUUAGAAGCAUCUCCAGGCCUGGAGAAAAUUUGAACUUAUGGUCCCGGGCUGCUUUGUAGUGAGCCUGUUUCCACUGCUCUGGUAGCUGAGCCAGGCUAUGAGGAAACCCUGGAUAUCAGCAUAAACCUAUGUCUGGGACUACGAUCCCUUUUCCCUGGGUAAUAAACUCAGCCACCCAUCCUAAGGAGGCAAGCACUUGGCCUCUUUGAGUGAGACUUGGCUUUAGGACUCUCUGCAUCAGCCUUGUGUGCAUCAGGCACUGGAAAGCCUCUGUCUUCCCAGCCCUUGCCUCUCCAGGAAACUCCACAGGCCUCCAGAGAAUACCAGUUUCUCAGCCCAAGGGGUCCAUCACUGAGAAGUGCCCAAAGGGAAGUCAGGGAGCUGGGAGGAAAAGACAGCAGGACCAAGUAGGAUUCCGAAGCCGAACUGGGAGAGAACAGCAUCAUCUAUUUUUAUUCUGAAUGUACAAAGGCAGGGCCUUGAAAGAGCUCACACUUCCGAGGCGGAAAUGGGUACCAAAAUGAGAGAUCAGCAAGAUUUCCCAAGAUAGGAGAAUCCUCCUGCUGCCUGCGUGGGAGAAAGUAGGGGAGGAGUCCAAACCAGGCCACCAGAGAUGGUUGAGAUAAAUGACAAAUCUGGUGGAAGUCAGACAUGGCUCUAAAGAGCUUCCUAAGAGACUUCCCGAGAGAGAGACAAAAGUGUUUGUUUGUUUUGUUUCCAGGAGCUUGUCAAAUAAACCAAUGAAAAAGCUUUGCCGAUGAUAAUAAAAGAUGCUCACACUUUCAUAGCGCUUGCUACGUGACAAGUACCGCUGUAAAUAAAUGCCUCAUGAAAACC